CUAACCUAUGUGACAUUCUUGCCUAAAUAUGUACUUGACAGUCGGCCUAACUAUUUCCAAUAUUCAUGAGCUGCUAAAAAAAAGUUAAUAGCUGAAUAUGAAAUGGGAUUAAAUUUUAGAAAUUUGAUAAAGAAUUAGAUGAAAACUAGGCUAAUUACAUAUAUGUGUAUGAGAGAGAUGUUUUCAGAAUGGUACUGAGAGCGAGAACGGCAAACGCGUCUCUUCGAGGUCUACGAGAAUGACUAAGCAUAUUUAUCGGGAAAACGCAAAAGACAGAGGGAUUCAGGCGUUUUCGAGGCUGUUUCGUUCUCGAGCGUAAAAAACUGCCGAGCCGAAAACGGUUAUGGAUGGAAAAAGAUCUAUUAAAAUGGAUCCGCUAUCACCUGGUCCUUGUCUAGACAUUAGUGAUGAUGAACUUGUUACAAUAUCGGUGAGAGACUUAAAUAGGCAGUUGAAAUUACGUGGGCUGUCCAGAGAGGAGAUUGUACGUAUGAAACAGCGAAGACGUACACUGAAGAAUAGAGGUUACGCAGCUAGCUGCCGUAUAAAGCGCAUUGAGCAAAAGGACGAAUUGGAAUCUGAAAAGACUCAAGAGUAUCGCGACAUGGAAGCCAUGCAGGAAGACAACAAUCGUAUGAAGGAAGAGAUAGAAGCCUGGCAUUCUAAGUAUCACGCACUCAAAAAAUUUGCUCAAGAAAAGAAAAUUAUCAUUCCACCAGAAUUGGAAAACAUGUAAAAAAAAUAAUUAAAUAUACUGUUUAACAAAAUACACACAUACACAGUAGAUUUAAUAGAAUGAUUGGUGAAUGUUUCAAUGCUGCAACUAUUUACACAACUUUUGUUCUUUUUUUAGAAUUAUAAAAGACUAUCUUGUACAUAUAGCUGCGAAUUUAAUUUAUGCUGUAAGAUUAAUUUAAGUAUUUUAAUUUAUACAAGUAAGUUACACAAAUUAUACAAAAUAUUUCUUUAAAUAAAAAAGUAUGACUUUAUAUGUAAGAAAUCAUAUAAGAAAUAUUCUGUAAGAGUAUCAAGUUAUGGGACAAAGGAUGGAAAAUAUGGAAAUUCCACUGAUUUUUUUAUACAUCUUUAUUUUCAGUAUACAAUAAAAGUAUCAAUCUACU